GCUUGGGGCGGGACUCUGGGCGCGCUCCGGCCCCGCCGCCCUGGCCGCCCUUUCUUUGCGCUGCGUGCUCACCAUGGCGGGCCCUGCGCCGGGCCGGCGGCUGUGGCCGCUGGCAGCGCUGGCCCUGGUUUUGGCGCUGGCCCCGGGGCUGCCCACAGCCCGGGCCGGGCAGACGCCGCGCCCUGCCGAGCGGGGGCCCCCGGUGCGGCUCUUCACCGAGGAGGAGCUGGCCCGCUAUGGCGGGGAGGAGGAAGAUCAGCCCAUCUACUUGGCAGUGAAGGGAGUGGUGUUUGAUGUCACCUCUGGAAAGGAGUUUUAUGGACGAGGAGCCCCCUACAAUGCCUUAACCGGGAAGGACUCCACUAGAGGGGUAGCCAAGAUGUCCUUGGAUCCUGCAGACCUCACCCAUGACACUACGGGUCUCACAGCCAAAGAACUGGAGGCCCUGGAGGACAUCUUCACCAAAGUGUACAAAGCCAAAUACCCCAUCGUCGGCUACACGGCCCGGAGAAUUCUCAACGAGGACGGCAGCCCCAACCUGGACUUCAAACCUGAAGAUCAGCCCCAUUUUGACAUCAAGGACGAGUUCUGAUGUUCCACCUGCAGGAGCAGAUUCUUGGGAGGGAGGCAGGAGACACUAGGUGCUGAAUCUCCUGAGAAACAGGCCGCCUGGAGCCCCUGAGCCACCCCGAUAAGAAUAAAACAGAUACCCUAGAAGA